GUGUCUCUGGCCGACAUCCUCUCCCUGCGGGACUGCGGCCUCGGCGAGCAGGAGGCUUGGGCCGUGUGUCUGGAGUGCAGCCUGAGCAUGCAGAGCAUCGCCCACGCGGCCAUCUUCCAGACGCUGUGCAUCACGCCCGACACCCUGGCCUUCAACGCCAGCGGGAACGUGUGCUUCAUGGAGCAGCUCAGCGAUGACCCUGAGGGUGCCUUUGUCCCCCCGGAGUUUGAUGUGACUGGGAACACGUUUGAGGCUCACAUCUAUUCCCUGGGGGCCACACUGAAGGCAGCACUGGAGUUUGUGGCAGAACCCACGCCAGAGCCCAGGCUGAGCCAGGACCUGGAGGUGCUACUCAGCCGAAUGCAGGCCGAGGACCCUGGCGACCGGCCCAACCUCGAGAGCAUCAUCGCGCUAUGCGAAGAGAAGAUGCAGCUCACGUCCUCCUGCCGCCUGUGCCGGAGCCUCUCAGCCGUGGGGAGGAGGGUGCUCUCCAUCGAGUCAUUUGGAGCAUUUCAGGAUGUCAGCGAGAACACCUGGAAAGAGAGAGCUGCACCAGGAAGUGCAGGGCCCAAGAGGCCACCCAGGGACCCCUGUGCUGACCCAGAGAUUCCGCCCAGCCCAGAGGGCCCACCCCAGCUGCCCAUCCCCAAAGGCCUGGAGACAGAAGCCAGCCGGGGCCCCAGACCCUCACCCCCCAAGGCCCUACUGUCAGCCUCAGUGAGGAAUGGUGAGAGCCACACCACAGAGGGGCUGGCCAACCUUAUCCUGGACACUGGGUGCCCCCUUGGUGAGCUGGACAGAGAUGUCCUCAGGAGAAGCCGCCUGCGGAAGGUGCAGACGUUCCCCAGACUCCUACCCGACGGCCCCGAGGCCAGUGCCCUCUGCCUGCCCCUGACUGGCACGAAAACCCAGCUACCCAUAUAUGAAUUCUCCCCUCCAGACCCCAGGAAGGUCUUUUCAGAUGGGAAGAGUGGCCUUUCCAGCUUCAAGAUGCAGCCCAAGUGCAGACUAUGGCCCGAGCAGGAGCCCAGACUCCAGCGCAGUGGGGACAGGGGUCCCGAAGCACCCGAGACAUCACACCCUAGCCAGGAGCCAGCGGAGAAAAGACCCCUGCCCUGCCCUGUAGACCCUCAAGAUGCAGACCAUGAAGCUCCAGCUCCCAGGAGUGCCAAGGGGAUUCCGGAUGGAGCCAGGCAACCAGCAAGCGUGGCCACAGAGCAGUGGAUGUCCCUGCAAGACCUUCUGUCCCAGCUGGGCCGGCCCUUCCGGGAGUAUGAGCUGUGGGCCCUGUGCCUCGCCUGCCUCAGCGCGCUGCAGACACAUCCCAAGCACCCAGCCUACCUAUGCCUGGACUCCGUGCUGGUCGCCGAGGACGGGGCUGUGCUCUUCGGGCCACCUCCUGCCAACGGCUCUUACAACUCAUUCUUUCUGGCUCCGGAGGUGGCAGAGGAAAGACUGGUCACCGAAAAGGCCUCCGUGUACUGUGUAGCUGCUGUCCUGUGGACUGCAGCCAAGUUCAGUGUCCCCCGUGACCGCAAGCUGGCCCUGCCGCGCAGGCUCAAGACCCUCCUCCUGGACAUGGCCAGGCGCAGCGCCCCGGAGCGGCCAUCCGCAGCUGAAGCCAUCCAGGUGUGUGGCAGUUACCUCCUCCAGCGAGGUAUGGACAGCAGAAAGAUUCUCGCCCACCUGCGGGUGUCCACCUGUAAGGUUUACCAGGAAGAAGAGGCCAUCGGUCUCCAAAGCGCUUUCUCGGUGAAACCCUGCGUGGCAUCUGCUCCAGAGCCCAGCCCAGGCUUUGUGCCGGUCAGCAGCGACACCUGCCUCGUGGCCGUGCCCGGGCCCGUGCCCAGUCAGCCCUCCUGCCGUGAAGGAGCCACCCCGUUGCCGGCUGCCUUCACCUCUGAGGCCACCCACUUCAAGCCCAUUGUCCUCGCACACGACGCCAGUGACCAGCUGGCCCUGAGCUUGGGACCAGCAGAGAAGCUCAAGGACAGGCGCCGUCAGCCAGACAGGGAAAGUGAGAGGACGUCCUCCCCCGAGGCCUGCGCCGUGGCCUCCAGCCUGAAGUCGCCUGACCAGCCAGUGCCUCAUCCAGGGCCACAGGGAGCAGACCCAGAGCUUCUCAGGGAGUCAGUGCCACGAGGCUCAGCCCAGGGGUGCUUCGGCCUGCCACCCCCGGCCCCAGAGAGCCAGCUGAAGGGGGCAUCACGGGCGACUCCCAGCUCUCCUACUCCCACCUCACCCCGGAAGGCCUCAGCACUGUCCCUGGAGCGAGGGCCAGAUGGGCCGACCCCACCUGGAGUCAAUUCUGGGGGCCCCGAGCCCACCUCAGCCCUCCGAGGCCCACACCACCCGCCCAAGCCGCCCCGGAGCAAGUCCUCGGAGCAUGCAGGCCAGAAACCAGAGAGCCCCCAGUCCGCCUCCCAGGGCCCCUCCCUGGCCAGAUUGCGUCCAGACAGUCCCAGGGGUACCCCAGUUGAACAGCACGGUGACCAGACCCCAGACUGUGUCCCUGAGAGUCCCCAACCGGCAGACCGAAGGCCGUGUCCAUCCGUCACAGACACCUCACCACUCCCAAAGAGGACAGCCUGCCCGUCGCUGCAGGAGGCCACGCGCCUCAUCCAGGAGGAGUUUGCCUUCGAUGGCUACCUGGACAAUGGGCUGGAGGCCCUGAUCAUGGGGGAGUAUAUUUUCGCCUUGAAAGACCUCACCUUUGCCACUUUCUGUGGUGCCAUUUCUGAGAAGUUCUGUGACCUCUACUGGGAUGAGAAGCUGCUACAGAAUCUCUUUGAAGUGGUGAAUGGGCGGGCUUCGCCCUCCCAGAGUGCCUCAGAGGAGGUGGGGUCACAGCCCAAGGGCACGCCCAGCAGCUGCCCCCUGUCCAGCCAAAAGCCCUCGCUCCGCGUCUUGGGAAAAGAGAAACCAGCCGUGCUGAGAGCAAGUAGGAGCCCCUGCUCACCCACCUCACUGUCCGACAUGGACUCUGAUGAGCUCUCGCGGGGAAACCUGGAGGUGGGGUUUCGGCCUCAGAAGUCAAUCAAAGGGGAGCGAGAGCAGCAACCUGAGGCUGGCAAGGAUGGGCAGCCGGCCGGCAGGGCCGCCAACCCAGAGGCGGUGGCCCAGCUGGCCAGGCCCGAGGAAGGCGGCAGAGCCACGUCUCCUGGACUCGCGGGCUUCCAGAGCUGCAGCCCUGGCUGGUCCAGCGCCUUCUAUGAGGCCGACUGCUUUGGGGCGGACGUCUACAGCUACGUGAAAGACCUGGGGCAACAGCUAGCUGGAGGGGACCAGCCCGGCGCCCUGAGCCCGGAGCUGGAGCAGCAGCUCAUGAUCGAGAAAAGAAACUACCGAAAGACCCUAAAAUUCUACCAGAAGCUCUUACAGAAGGAAAAGAGGAACAAAGGCUCCGAGGUGAAGACCAUGUUGUCCAAACUGAAAGGGCAGCUAGAAGAAAUGAGGUCCAAGGUGCAGUUCCUCAGCUCGGUCAAGAAGUACCUGCAGGUCAUGUAUGCGGAGUGCUGGGGCCUGGAGCCCUGCGCCCUCCCGGUGAUCGUGAACAUCGCGGCGGCCCCCUGCGACACGCUGGACUUCAGCCCCCUGGACGAGUCCUCGUCCCUCAUCUUCUACAACGUGAACAAGCACCCGGGCAGCGGCCGGCAGAAGGCCCGCAUCCUGCAGGCUGGCACCCCGCUGGGGCUUAUGGCCUACCUCUACUCCAGCGACGCCUUCCUCGAGGGCUAUGUCCAGCAGUUCCUCUACACCUUCCGCUACUUCUGCACGCCGCAGGACUUCCUGCACUUCCUCCUCGACCGAAUCAACAGCACGCUGUCCAGGGCCCACCAGGACCCCGCCUCCACCUUCACCAAGAUCUACAAGCGGAGCCUCUGCGUCCUGCAGGCCUGGGUGGAAGACUGCUACACCGUGGACUUCACCAGGAACACUGGGUUGCUGGGGCGGCUGGAGGACUUCAUCUCCUCCAAGAUCCUGCCCCUGGACGGCUCCGCCGCGCACCUGCUGGGCCUCCUGGAGGUGGGCACGGAUCGGCGAGCCGAGGGAACCCCUCGAGGGGCAGACCUAGAGGACCCCAAGGAGGCCGAGGAGGAUGCCAGGCCCUUCAACGCCCUCUGUAAGAGGCUCUCGGAGGACGGCAUCUCCCGGAAGAGCUUCCCCUGGAGGCUGCCCCGGGGCAACGGGCUGGCGCUGCCACAGCACAAGGAGCGCCCCUACACCAUCGCCUCCGCCUUGCCCAAGCCCUGCUUCCUCGAGGACUUCUACGGGCCCUGUGCCAAGGCCAGUGAGAAGGGGCCCUACUUCCUGACCGAGUACAGCACUCACCAGCUGUUCAGUCAGCUGACGCUGCUGCAGCAGGAAUUGUUUCAAAAGUGCCACCCCGUCCACUUCCUGAACUCACGGGCUCUGGGCGUCAUGGACAAGAGCACAGCCAUCUCCAAAGCCAGCUCUUCAGAGUCUCUUGCGACCAAAACCUGCAGCUUGUUUCUGCCCAAUUACAUCCAGGACAAGUACCUGCUACAGCUUUUAAGAAACGCAGACGACAUCAGUACCUGGGUGGCUGCCGAAAUCGUGACCAGUCACACCUCUAAGUUGCAGGUGAACCUGCUGUCCAAAUUCCUGCUGAUUGCGAAGUCUUGCUAUGAGCAGCGCAACUUUGCAACAGCCAUGCAGAUCCUUGGCGGGCUAGAGCACCUGGCCGUGAGGCAGUCCCCUGCCUGGAGAGUUCUACCUGCAAAGAUAGCGGAGGUCAUGGAGGAGCUGAAGGCUGUGGAGGUCUUCCUGAAGAGCGACAGCCUGUGUCUCAUGGAAGGACGGCGCUCCCGGGCCCAGCCCACUCUGCCUUCAGCCCACCUCCUGGCCAUGCAUGUCCAGCAGCUGGAGACGGGGGGCUUCACGAUGACCAACGGGGCCCACCGGUGGAGCAAGCUCAGAAACAUCGCCAAGGUGGUGAGCCAGGUGCACGCCUUCCAGGAGAACCCCUACACGUUCAGUCCUGACCCCAAGCUGCAGUCAUACCUCAAGCAGAGGAUCGCCCGCUUCAGUGGUGUCGACAUUUCCACGCUGGCAGCAGACAACAGGGCCAAUCUCCACCAGGUCUCUAGCGAGAAGCACUCCCGGAAGAUCCAGGACAAGCUGCGCAGGAUGAAGGCCACAUUCCAGUAGCCGAGCUGUGUGGAGCGCUCCAGACCGGACCCGACGGCAGGGCAGCUGGCCGUGGGAGGAGCUGCGCCUUGGCAGAGCAGCUCUGCUCAGCUAGGCACCCCGGGGGGCUCGCAUCAGGCGGUGAGGUGGGGGCUCACCCAGGCCAUUCCAUGGGGAGAGGCAGAGCCAGGACGGGCACAGAGAUCUUGGAGACUUGUGUUUUGCUAGAAUCAGAAAGUUAAAUUUAAAAAUGAAAAUAGGUAAGUGAA